GCCAUGGUUAAAGAAGACGGCAGGAUUUUGAAUCAGUGGGGAUUAGCCUCCACUGACCACACAGAACGCUCACGGAUGUUCACGCCACACAAACACAAAUAUUUACAGGGUCCAGGAAAGUGACGCUGACUCUGCCCCUCAAAGAUGAACUUGGAGAUAGAGAUGACCUGCUCUGUGUGCAGAGACACUUUCAGUCACGCCCACCCGCUGCCUUGUGGUCACAGCGUCUGUCCAGUGUGCAUACGUGAGGCCUUGAGCAGCCAGGAUGAGGCCAAAGGUCGCUUUGUCUGCCCUCAAUGUCAAGAGGAUCAAGGACAAGUUCUGUGUGACUGCUGCCCCCAAGAGGAGGGAGAGGAGUCCACCCACUUGGCAGUAAAGACUUGCCUCAAGUGUGAAGUUUCACUAUGUGCCGAACAUCUCCGACAUCAUCUGGAGAGACCAGCGUUCAGCAGCCAUUUGUUAGUGGAUCCUCUCGGGGACGUCUCACAGCGACGGUGUCCCACACACACUGAGGUGUUCCGCUACUACUGUGCCGACGAGAGGAUGUAUGUGUGCGGAGACUGCCUGCUGGAGGGAGCUCACGUGGAGCACAAAGUGAAGGGUCUGAGGCAGGUGGAGGAGGACCUGAAGCUCAUUCUCCAGACGCUGCACACCAAGGCAGAAGAGAAGAUCAAGCAUGGAGAGCAGAUCCUCAAAGACCACGAGAACAUCGACUCCACCAUGGCUGAGUGUCUGAAGGAGGAAAGCACCCAGGUUCAGCGACUUGGUUCAGACCUGCAGCUUCAGGUCAAGAAACUAAUGGAGGUGCUAAUGGAGAUCACAAAAAGGGAGAGGCAGCAAGUCAUCGAUCGGGUACAUGAAGACUGCUCCAAGGUGAAGGAUGACAUGAGUCAGACAAUGCGUAUUCAGAAAUAUCUGGCCUCGCUGAUGAGGGAGACUGACCCCUUCUUGCUGAUCUGGGCCUUUCAGUCCGAUGACACAAAGUUACUAGCUGACCUCAACUGUCCAGCAUUCACCCCUGACCCAGUGAGCCUGGACAGGAAACACAUCUUAGAGGACAUCGAGAGCAAAUAUCGAGAGUUCAUCACGGCCACCCUCCGCUGUCUCAGCGACCUCAAGAGGGAGCUCUUAAGCAGUCCUUUGACGCUGGACACCAACACAGCCCACCCUCUGCUGAGCAUCUCAGAUGACCUGCGCUUGGUGACACGAGUCAAAAACCGACUGCCCUGCGCUGACCACCCGGAGCGCUUCGACCACUGGCCUCAGGUUCUUACGAUGCAGAGCUUUGCCGGCGGGACUCACUACUGGGAACUGGAAGCUGAGGGAUUCUGGGAUAUCGGCAUCUGCUACAGGAGCGUCGGACGGAAGGGGAAGGAGGGCAACGCCUUUGGGAAUAACAAAGUAUCAUGGAGUCUGACACAACAGCACGACAGGAAGUUGGCUGCAUGGCACAACCGCAGGAAGACCCGGCUCACCUACCAGAUGAACGGCAACCGCAUCGCGGUGGCGCUGGACUACAGCGGCGGGACCAUCACCUUCUCUGAGGUGGGACCGUCCGGCAGCCUGACCCACAUCCACACCUUCUCCACCACCUUCUCACAGCCCGUGGUCUUGGGCUUCGGACUGUACAAGGCUGAACUAAACAGUCACAUCGCCAUUGUUAAAGUCUGAGUCGAUCAGAGGAAGCAAGGACCGAGACUGAAAAAGUGCUGACUCCCCGGCGCUGGACGAUAUUUCAUGGAAUUAAAAAAUAGACCCUUACAUUAUUCACAGUUGUUGGCAGCUCCUAUUUUAUAUUAUAAGAUGAAGAUCAUAGUUGUGUGUAUACAGUAUGACAUGAAAUCCAAUGAUGCUGUGUUAUGUGCGUCUGAUGCAGCUUGUCUGUACCAGUAGAAAACCUUAGUAUAAGUAUAUUUACUGGAGUACACAAGUACAUUGAUUUAUGUGAAAGCUGGCCUUGAAUAACAACUGUACAUCUGAUGUGCCACCUAAAGCAGAUCUGUAUAGAAGAAAUAAAAAAAAAACUUCAUGUGAAUAGACUUGUUCCUACAGCAAGGCCGCCAUCACUCACGCAAGAAGGAAGUCAGGAAAUGUACAUUUUCUCUCCAUGAUGCUGGUCUUUUGUGAGUAUGUCUGAAGGCUUGGGGACCAAAUCCUGUCACUUUCAGUGAAAAAGGGCAACUUUUGGGUCGAGUGGGGACAACAAAGGCAGUGACAUCACUCUUUUCAGAAAGUUGUAGCUCUCUC